CAGGUUCGCUUAGUAACGGAUAAAUCGACAAAUAAACCAAGAGGCUAUGCUUUCAUUGAAUAUGUUCACACCCGUGAUAUGAAAGCUGCAUAUAAACAAGCUGAUGGUAAGAAAAUUGAUAACCGGAGGGUGCUUGUUGAUGUUGAACGUGGAAGGACUGUUCCGAAUUGGCGACCCCGUAGGCUGGGUGGUGGCCUUGGAACAACUAGAGUUGGAGGUGAAGAACUCAAUCAGAGGUACUCUGGGAGAGAGCAAGUACAACCUGGAGGGGCAUCUCAUUCUGAGGAACCAAGAAUGCGGGAUGAUCGAGAUCGGGAGAGGGAGAAGUCCCGUGAAAGGGUCAGGGAUAGGGAAAGAGAACGAGAAAGGUCUCAGGAGCGCUCUCAAGACAGAACAAGAGAUCGUGAGCACCGAGAGGAUAGGCACCAUAGAGAUCGUGAAAGAAACAGAGAUAGGGACAAGGAGAGAGACCGUGGUCGUGACCGUGACCGUGAUCGAGAUCGAACACGUGAUCGCGAUCGCGGUCGGGACCGUGGUCGUGAUUAUGAACGUGAUGGAGACAGAUCUCGUGAUCGAGAACGUGAUCGCAAUCGUGAGAGGGAGAGGGAUAGAGACCGGGAUUAUGAAGUUGGUGAUGCUGACAAUGAUCGUGGUCGUUCUCAUGAUAGAGAGUAUGACUAUGACAAAGUUGAAGCUAAGCAUGACCGAGAGCGGCAUGGCGAAAGAGAGAGAAACUAUGAUCAUGCGGAGCAGGAGGAUGAUCGUGGAUGGUAUGAACAAUCAGAUCAUGGGCGUAAGCGUCCAGAAGGGGAGCAUGACCAUGGACACUAUGACUAUUAUGAUCACUAUCAAGGUCAGGGACAGUAUGAUAAUCAAGGUGCCCAGGGUGAUGAUGACCGUUAUCAAGAUUCUGACCGAUAUCAUGACAGAUAUGAUCAGAUGGAUGAGGACAACUAUGGUUAUGAGCGAACAACAUCUGAGCCACAAGAGAAAGACCGAGAUUAUCAGCGUUCUGAUAGGUCGCUCUCUCACUCGCUCUCUCAGGAUUACUAGUACUAAUUACCAAUGCAAUGGUACUUGCGAGUUUCUUGUGCUUCGCUGCUAUUUUCCCCUGAAUAUUGAAUCUUUUGGUUGAUAAUCGGUUGGCUCAACACAAUCAUAAGGGUCUGAUUUAGAAGUUCUGUACCGAGUGCGAAUUGUUUUAAGUUUUUGUGUUUUGUGUGUUUUUUCUGUUUAUUGGAAGGAAAUUGUGCAUGUCAAGAACUUUUGUAUACACUCUAGCACUUGACUAUUUGCCUGGAUUCAGUCAUUAUAUGAGAUCUGCUUGUCUUGAAAUUGCUAUUGAUAA